GGGAGUGGCCAACGGCUUGCAGAGCAACAUGCCCAAGUUUUAUUGUGACUACUGCAAUACAUACCUCACCCAUGACUCUCCAUCUGUGAGAAAGACACACUGCAGUGGUAGGAAACACAAAGAGAAUGUGAAAGACUACUAUCAGAAAUGGAUGGAAGAGCAGGCUCAGGGCCUGAUAGACAAAACAACGGCUGCAUUUCAACAAGGAAAGAUACCUCCUACUCCAUUCUCUGCUCCUCCUCCAGCAGGGGCGAUGAUAACACCUCCCCCAAGUCUUCCAGGUCCUCCUCGCCCUGAUAUGAUGCCAGCACCCCAUAUGGGGGGCCCUCCCAUGAUGCCAAUGAUGGGCCCUCCUCCUCCUGGGAUGAUACCAGUGGGACCUGCUCCUCGAAUGAGGUCACCCAUGGGAGGCCAUAUGCCAAUGAUGCCUGGGCCCCCAAUGAUGAGACCUCCUGCCCAUCCCAUGAAGGUGCCCACUCGGCCUGGAAUGACUCGACCAGACAGAUAAGGAUAGAGGGGAGGCCUCAUUCUAUCAGUUUUAUAUUACCUGCUCUGCUUCACCAGGAGAUCAUGCUGCUGUAAUGCUGGGUUUUCUAAACAGCAUAAGGAAGACUUGCUCCCCUGCCUGAUCAAAGAGAAUAGUUUUGGAGGGGAGGGGGGGGCAAAAAAGAUGCAGUUUUCAUUUGGAUUGGGAAAUGUGAAAAUAAAAUUGUCAACUCUUUUAGUUAAAAA